GCAAACCACCUUGCUUACGGAAAUAAUAUGGCUGCCUCAGCGGAGACUAUCCGACCGAAGUUAAUUGCACACAAUUUAUCGAAAGAGCUAUGAAUAAGUAUAGGUAUCAGGGAGAUACAAACGACGGGGCUUGUUAUUUGCACUUGUUGAGAAGGAGCUGCGAAAACUCCCUGACAACACACUGGCUGGCUUGAGAAGUUUGGAGUCUGCGCCUUGGUUAAAGUACCUGGGUCGGGAUGCACUGCUGGAGAUAAACUCUGCAGAACGGUGGACGCGGAAGUUUGACAAAUAAUUGAAUACCAAGGGUUGGGUGGACAUUUAGCCAAAACUUCAUUAAUGUUGUCACUAUUGACUCAAACGAGACGACAACGUACUCAGUCCUUAGUUAUCGUUGGUUAUUAGCAAGUUCGCUAGUUAGACAGAUGUUGACUGUUCCGAUGUGUGUUUCCAGGUUCUCGAACGCCAUCUAGCAAGCAAGGCUAACUCCACGGUUAGCCGUAACUAGCAUUCCAACAAACAGUGUUGCACGAGCACUCUUGCAUCUUCAAAGCUACUGAAUAACAUUCUUCAGUUGUCUGCAAACUACCACAUUGAAUGAGUGUUUAAACCUUUUAUAUUAGCCACUGGCUUUACCAGAAAGCUAUCAUCUAAGUAAUGCGAACUAGUUAAGUUUCCCAUGAUUGCUCAUCAAACACAGUUUAGCCCGUACUAGUGCCUUUUGUCAUGUCUAAGUGUGGCCUGAAAAGCACGAGAGAUGGCCACAGAGGGAUAUGACAGCAAAACGAGCUAAAUGUCAAAUAUACAUUUUAAGGCCUGUCAAAUGAGUGGAUUGCAUGGAGUUAAAAACCAAUACGUUUGUUAAAGGGCCCAAUGAGAAAACAUAUCUAGUUAUUGUAGUCUAGGAGGAAGAUGCCACAGGGCCAAGUGCAGUAUUGACAUGAUCACAACUGUUGUACAACAUGUAGCCGGUAUUUGACUAGGCAAGUGUUAUAUGACCAGUGUCUGCAGAGAUAUUGUAUUGGAACGACCAGGAUUGGUGCCUGUAGCUGUCUACCGCGGUUGCUAACUCUAUGAACCAUUUUACCAGAUAUGGAACUGAGGUUUCUCAGCUCAGCUGGUAAAUGUAGGAAUUGUGCCUUUUCUAGGAUUCUGUGUAGUUCCCCAUCUUGAUAGUAGCUUUCUCAGUUGUUCUCGAGUCCUCUUUACUUUUAAAGCAAUCAUGUCAAUGGAGCGCAGUAGUGGCUUAGGCCUGCAUUAUGUUAUUUCAUGCUGGAUGAAUGUAAGUCCUCACGAUUAGUCCUUAGAUCAACAUUAAUGUCUUUUGAUUGGGCCUCCAGUAUUCUUCUGACUGCCCUAGUCUUACAAAUAAAACCCACAAGUGCCAUUAGAGACCUUCUCUAACAGUAACAGAAACAACCAAAGCAGUCAAUGCAUGAUAAAGAGGGAGGAAUUUGAGUAAUAAGGACCAGCCUGCCCAUUCGCCAUUGCAUUGCCCUCCAUCCAGAACUCCUGCAUUGGUGUCAGUGGUGGGAUGCAGAAGUGAGCAUCUCUCGCCGCCUCCACUUUCCAGUCAUCACCGCACCAGGAGAGGCCAAACUGACUGAGGGAAAUCGCACCACGGAGGGGGUCCCUGCUCUCCAUCUUCUACCCACCAGGUUCCCUACACCCAGGUGGUGAGAGAGCCCAGUUUGGUGACCCGGCUGCGGCCUGGCACCCUGCCCUUAUGGGGCAGCAGCCGGGGAAAUUUGUUGGGGACCAGAGGAGACCGAGUCUGCCAGCGCUGAAUUUCAUCAAGGGAGGGAAGAGGGAGUCAUCACGGCAUGGAGCCCAUCACUGUAACGUGUUCGCUGUGCACGGGACCCCCUCCCAGGCAAACCAGCGACCCAGGGACCCCCUCCCAGGCAAACCAGCGACCCAGGGACCCCCAUCAUACGUUAGCAAAAACAAAUCUGUCUUAUCAGAAGCUCUCCAGAGACCAGACUUUGAGCCCCAGGGUCUGACCGAAGCGGCCCGCUGGAACUCAAAAGAGAACCUGUUGGCCGGACCCAGCGAGAAUGACCCCAACUUGUUUGUUGCUCUUUAUGACUUUGUGGCCAGUGGGGACAACACUCUCAGCAUAACUAAAGGAGAGAAGCUGCGAGUUUUGGGUUAUAACCAUAAUGGGGAGUGGUGCGAGGCGCAGACCAACCACGGCCAGGGCUGGGUGCCCAGUAACUACAUCACCCCGGUCAACAGCCUGGAGAAGCACAGCUGGUACCAUGGGCCUGUGUCGCGCAACGCAGCAGAGUACCUGCUCAGCUCUGGUAUCAACGGCAGCUUCCUGGUCAGGGAGAGCGAGAGCAGCCCCGGGCAGAGGUCUAUCUCACUGCGCUACGAGGGACGAGUCUACCACUACAGGAUCAACACAGCCUCCGACGGGAAGCUAUACGUGUCAUCUGAGAGUCGUUUCAACACCCUGGCAGAGCUGGUGCACCACCACUCCACGGUGGCUGACGGCCUCAUCACCACGCUGCACUACCCAGCGCCCAAACGCAACAAGCCCACCAUCUACGGCGUGUCACCCAACUAUGACAAGUGGGAGAUGGAGCGCACCGACAUCACCAUGAAGCACAAGCUGGGAGGAGGGCAGUAUGGAGAGGUCUACGAGGGGAUCUGGAAGAAGUACAGCCUCACCGUGGCCGUCAAGACCCUCAAGGAGGACACCAUGGAGGUGGAGGAGUUCCUAAAGGAGGCUGCUGUCAUGAAGGAGAUCAAACACCCCAACCUGGUACAGCUACUGGGCGUGUGCACGCGGGAGCCCCCGUUCUACAUCAUCACAGAGUUCAUGACCCAUGGCAACCUGCUGGACUACCUGAGGGAGUGUAACAGGGAGGAGGUGAACGCUGUGGUGCUGCUCUACAUGGCCACGCAGAUCUCCUCCGCCAUGGAGUACCUGGAGAGGAAGAACUUCAUCCACAGGGACCUAGCAGCCCGUAACUGUCUGGUAGGGGAGAACCACCUGGUGAAGGUGGCAGACUUUGGACUGAGCAGGCUGAUGACGGGGGACACGUACACGGCCCAUGCUGGGGCCAAGUUCCCCAUCAAGUGGACUGCCCCGGAGAGCCUGGCCUACAACAAGUUCUCCAUCAAAUCUGAUGUCUGGGCGUUUGGAGUGUUGCUAUGGGAGAUCGCCACCUAUGGGAUGUCUCCGUACCCUGGCAUAGACCUCUCCCAGGUGUAUGAGCUCCUAGAGAAGGACUACCGCAUGGACCGUCCGGAGGGCUGCCCAGAGAAGGUCUACCAGCUCAUGAGGGCAUGCUGGAAGUGGAACCCUGCGGAACGGCCCUCCUUUGCAGAGACCCACCAGGCCUUUGAGACCAUGUUUCAGGAAUCCAGCAUCUCUGACGAGGUGGAGAAGGAGCUGGGGAAGAAAGGGAAGAAGGUGACACUGGGCCCCAUCCAACAGGCUCCACAGCUGCCCACCAAGACCAGGACUCUCCGUAGGAAUGUGGACAGAGAUGGAGACAGCCCCGACGCCGUGGAGCCGGAGGUGGCUGUGUCCCCCAUGCUCCCAAGGAAAGAGCGUCCGUUCCUGGACAGCAACCUGAACGAGGACGACCGCCUCCUGCCCAAAGACAAGGACAAGUCCCGCAACAGCCUCUUCAACCUCAUCAAGAAGAAGAAGAAGACUGCGCCCGCCCCGCCCAAACGCAGCAGCUCUUUCAGGGACAUGGACGGACACGCGGAGAGACUGGGGCUAGCGCCCGACCCCCGAGACGACUUCAACAACGUCUCUUCAGCCUUCAGUGUUACACAUACCAUCGACCCCAGCAAGUUCCCGAGUGCUAACAACAAUGGGGUAGGGGGUACUACCAACGGGGGCCCCACCUACCCAGGCCCCCUGUUCCCCCCGCAACAUGCCAGGAAGAAAGGUACGCCGGUGGUGCCCAGUGUAGUGGGUAAAACACCCAAUGAGGAGGAUAUAGUCUCUAACUCCAAGCGUUUCCUGCGCUCCUCCUCGGCCUCUAGCAUGCCCCCGGGCUCAGAGCGCACUGAGUGGAAGUCAGUCACGCUGCCACGCGACCUGCAUAAAGGCCACUUUGACUCCGGCACCUUUAGGAGCAAGCCCGCCCUGCCACGCAAGAGGGCCAACGAGAAGCCAGAGAUCAGCGCCCCUCGCAUGGGCACCCUGACCCCCCCGCCCCGCCUGCCUAAGAAGACAGAGGACAUGUCAGAUGAUGUGUUUAAGGACGCUGAGCCCAGCCUCCUGACGCCCAAGCUUGGCAGAAGGCUUCUAGGGUUGGGGGUGGACACCUCCAAGACCAGCGCCCUGCAGGCCGAGCUGCUCAAGCCCAACGUGUUCCCUGCUUUGGGGGCAGCCGGGGACGAGUGCAGGGCCCGCCGCCACAAACCCAACCUGGACUCCUCCGGCCCCAGGGAGAGAGGCAAGUUCCAGAAGACCAAACCUGCUCCCCCUCCACCCCCCAGUGCCAAGAUCUCCCGCAGCCCCACCCACGAGCUCCCCUCACCCACAGAUGCCAAAGCCAAGGCCUCAGACCCCCACUACCCAUCUAGCUUCAGUGACCAAGUCCGCUCUCCCCUGGAGGCCCACAAGAAACUCAACCUCAACACCACUUCCUCCAAACCACAGCCAUUAAAGACCACCUCCUCUUCAGUGUCUGGCUCUACCUCCAGCCCCCUGGGCUUCUCCUCCCUCAACUCCCCAGGAGACCAGACCUCUCCCACAGCCUUUAUCCCCUUGAUGAACACCCGCCGCUCCCUGAGGAAGACACGUGCGCUCCCGGAGCGCCAACCCAACUCGGCCAUCACCAGGGAUAUGGUCCUGGAGGGCACGGAGCAGCUGCGAACCGCCAUCGGACGCAACUCUGAGCAGACAGGCAGCCACAGCGCCGUGCUGGAGGCGGGCAAGAACCUGUCCAAGUACUGCGUUAGCUACGUGGACUCCAUCCAGCAGAUGAGGAACAAGUUUGCCUUCCGCGAGGCCAUCAACAAGCUGGAGAGCAGUCUGCGCGAGCUUCAGAUCUGCCCUGCUUCCACCGGGGGCGCCAUCGGAGCGCAGCAGGACUUCAGCAAGCUGCUCUCGUCUGUCAAAGAGAUCAGUGACAUCGUUCAGAGGUAGCAGAGAGGCCACAUUGACUGGGAUAAAAAGCUGAACCUACCCCCCCCCCCUCGCUGCAUGUAAUGUUCCAUGGCCGUGUUUCCUCACCGUGUUUGUGCUGAGGUUGAGAGCAGGACAUGUUACAGUGCCACUGGACGGUUUAAGCAUGACGCACACCUCAGAGGAAGACUUUAUUCAGCUUUCCAGGAGGUCGGAGAACACUAAAGACUGGUUACUGUGUUCAGAAUCAAAAUUCAGAAGUUAGUUUUCCUUAACUAUGGAGGCCUGGGCCCAAUUCUGCAUCAAUCAUUGUCAAUUAUGACACUAUAGACAAAACACAUGUCACAUUCUUUCCUUUACUGUUGUGGUUUACAAUGGGAAGUGCACAUUGUCUCUACCUUAUUCCCCUUAGCUUGCUGCGAAUGGUAAAGAUGUGCGACUCAGUAUUGCGCCAUAGAGGAAAGACCACCUGGGAACAUUUUGCAUCUGAAUAAAGUGCCUUAACACUAUGGGGAAUUACUUUGUAAUUCUACUGAAAGCCAAACUUUAAACAGAGCAGUAUGGCCUUACAAAUACUGAACACUGUCUCCAACUAAACUAGAUGGAUCUGAAUGUUUCCAUCAAGAUACACCUUGGAGUUGGAUGGCUUGUAAUAAAUGGAGGACAUGCAUCAAUUUGUCUUACUACUUAACAAACCAAUGAAAUCUCACUGUGUAGUCAGGGGGUGACCAAGACGUGUUUCUUUCCUACUUGUCAUUGAAAUAAUGAUUUCAGUUAAAUGUACCUUUGCCCUGUCUGACUGCGAUGCCAUCAACCACAAGCUGCCUUUAUUUCAAUGUUGACUCCUUGUUUUAUUCUUCCCAUAAAAAUCAUGCCACUACUUUUGUUGGAUCCGAGCAGCCUCAACAUUUGACUAAUUUUGCUCCUUUGUAAAUAAGCACACUUUCUUUUUCCUCUUCCAUUUGUUCCUCCCUGUAACAUUAAAAUACAAAGCAAUUUGCAA